AUGGCUCACCCACAACAACUCCCGCGCAAGGCGCUGAUCGCGAUCACGAGCUACAACGGCCCGUUCUGGAGCGACGGGACGAAAACGGGCCUCUUCUACACCGAGGCGCUGCACCCGUUCGAGGCCCUGGUCGCGGCCGGGUUCGAGGUGGACCUUGCAUCGGAGACCGGCACCUACGGGCUCGACGAACACUCGAUCAAGCCGCCGCUGCUGGGCGAGGCCGACGCGCACGCGCUCCACGACGCCGCGCACCCGUUCAACGCCAAGCUGCGGGGCCAGCUUAAGAGGGCGGCCGACGUCGACCCGUCGCAGUACGGCCUCUUCUUCGCGUCGGCCGGCCACGGCACCCUCUACGACUACCCGACCGCGCACGGACUGAUCGGCAUCGCCGCCGACGUGUACCGCCGCGGCGGCGUGGUGGCGGCCGUGUGCCACGGGCCGGCGAUCCUGCCGGCGGUGGUCGACGCGGCCAUGGGCGGGUCGAUCAUCGACGGGAAGACGGUGACGGGCUUCACGACGCUGGCCGAGGGCGCGCUGGGCGUGCUGGAGCGGAUCCGGGCCGACGGGCUGCAGACGAUCGAGGAGGGCGCCGAGCGGGUGGGCGCCCGGUACGUGGCGCCGCAGAAGCCCUUCGAGGCCUUCUCGCUGGUCGACGGGCGGGUGGUGACCGGCGCCAACCCGGCCAGCGCGCACCUCACCGCCGAGAACGCCAUCGCCCCAACGGAGGCGGUGAGGGACGUGCCCGGACUGCGCAUGCACAGUGACAGUGGUGCGUAG